ACAAGACCACUGCAAAUUGCAAUGGAUUUUUUUUAUAAAAUUUGUUUAUAGUGGUGUAUAUUGUUCUUAAUUGAUUACACUAAUAUUUUCAAUAAAAGCUAGAUUUUUUAUCUGAUGGUACCUUACCUACAGUUGUUUACUUGCCAAAGAAAACCAAUGCAGUAGGUGAAAUACGCACAAUUCAGGAUUUUUGAGUGAUGUGUUGACAAAAAAGUUUCGAGUGUUUUUGUUUUGAGAUAAACGGGGAUACGAUAACGAUGGCAUUGGGAGGAUCCAAUUAUUUGCAACACGCGACAAUGUUGGAACAAUUGCUGGAGGAAAUAAAUUUUCAGCGAACCAAAGAGAUGCGGCAGUUGAUGAAAGACGAUUCCGGCUUCGUAGUGCUGCAGGGGACGACGUACUGGACAGACCUGUUCGUGCGCCACUUCCUGUUCCAAGAGGAACAGUCUAUAGACUGCGACGAUCUACUGUUCUUUGUCCGCAAGCGACACGUCAAGGGUUCCUCCCGAUACUUGCCCAAAUACGAAACUGACGUCGAGGUCUUCCGCAAGGAUUCCAAGAAGCUGCCAAUCGGCGAUCCCGAAAUCGACUGGGAGGAGACCGUCUACCUGAACCUGAUCGUCCAUCAGUUCGACUACACGCUCACCUUAGCCAUCUGCACGCGCACCAGUCCAAAGGAGCUGCAGGUGCUGAAGCGGCAUUCGCAGAAGGUGUACGCGUCGCCGAGCCGGCGCAAGAUGGACACGAAGGGGGAGGGGGAGGAGAUGACGUACCCGCACAUUUGCUUUAUGGUCGACAACUUUGACGAGGUGUUCUGCGACAUAGUGGUGCGCGACGGCGAGAUGGUGUGCGUGGAGCUCGUGGCGCGCGGGCGCGGGUGCGCCGCGCAGGCGGUCAUCUUCCUCGGCUCCAUACGGUACGACGCGCUCACCCGGGUGUACGACGCGAGGCAAUCGUCAUUGUCGACAAAGGUGGCGCAGCGAAUGUCGUUCGGCUUGCUGGGCGCGCGCGGCGCGGGCGCGACGCGCUGCGAGUUCGUGCGCAUGAAGGGGCCGGGGGGCAAGGGGCAUGCGGAGGUGGCGGUGUCCCGGCCGCGCGGGUCGGGGCUGCACACGCCCAGCUCGGAGCCGGGGCUGACGGCCGCCGAGCUGUGGGACAGCGACUGGGAGGACGACCCCGACGACAUGUUCAUAUACCGCCACCAGCGUCGCUUGAGCGACCCGAGCGCGAACAUAGCGUCGUUCGUGCGCGGCGGGUGGCGCGCGCGGGACAGGGAGCGCGAGCCGCGGGACAAGAGCCGCUCCGAGAACGAGGGGCUCGACGCGCUCGGGGACGGGCUGGCGGAGGUCGAGGCGGGCGACCUGCGCGACGAGCUGGACGACGGCGCGUACAACCCGCUGUGGGCGAUGCGCGGCUUCACGCAGACGUUCCACCUGUGGAAGGAGGGCAAGCGGCAGCAGAGCGCGCCGCUCUCCGCCUUCCUCACGUACGUCACGCUGCCCUGGUGGAGCAUCGCUAAAGAUAUUCUUGAUCAUCGCGAAGAGCCUAUUCUGACUUUCUGAGAACGAAUCUCUUGGACCGACGGUCUGUUUAUACGUUAUGAUGUAUUAUUAUACAUAUGUUAGCUAUUUAAAGUGAUAUUCUAGUCAUUCCAAUUUAUUAUAAUUAUUGUAAACACAAUUUUGUAACGAUUGUUUUAUGGUUUUUAAUCGAAAAAUACGAAUACUUAUUAAGAAAAUAUUACCUGUGUUUUUGUUACAUGAGUAUGUAAUCGAUUGUAUCUAAAUAAGACUUAUCCCAUUGAGCCCCGAGCGGCCCGAUCGGUCCACGACACAAUAGAUUUUCUUUUGUGUCUGUGAUUCCGGGGCCUGAGUUAUUGCAACAAGACAACAAAGUAAAAUUGUAAAAUCUAUGUUUCAAUGCGAAAGUAUACUUUUCAUUUCGUUUUAUAAAAAUCUAUAAAAAGAGAUUUUCAAUAAAUUGUUUAUCAUAAGAUUUAUUAUUUAUUUUAUGUUCAAUUUUACAAGUUACGUUUCACAAAUCCAUUUCAUUCAUAAUAAAUUCUCUCUACCUGUUUUGUGACAAAUGAGAUUUUCUCUUGAUGCAUACUUCAUGCCAAUUUUAUUAACAAUCAGGAACAUUUUAAGAGGAUAUAUUUUAUCAAUGUAUACUAGUCUACGUAACUAGUCGUUAUUAAACUUUAUUAAACUUAACAAUGUAUUUAUUUUCUAACAAAUUAACUGUAGCAUUAUAAUUUCUAAUCUAGUCACAGCGCCAUCUAUCAUCGUUUAAACAAACCAAUAUGUGUUAAUAUUUUCACACACUGCCAAUAGAUGGCGUUUUUAAGAAUAUUUUAGAGUAAGAUAUUGUAAUAAUUUACAAAAACACACGUAAAAAAUCAGCUAUACAAAGAAUAUCUAGUCAGUUUGAGUUUCUAGAAUGUAUUUAAAUAUUAUUUUAAGUGUGUUGUUUAUUUUGCUGCUUCAUUGAUGUCAAUGUACGAUAAAGGUCGUGAUAAUUAGUUUUAUACACACGUGGUUCACUAAUCGCUUGCAUCAUUAUUUAAUAUUUUAUGUGACUAUACGUCUUAUGUCACUUUAAUUUAGAUUUGCAUAAUAGCCAUUUUGGCCAGAUUAAAAAUCUCUAUUAUCUCUAGAACUGACAGUAUAUUAUGAUCUAAGUAGUUUAUGGACAUAUUUCUUCUUUUUAUAGGUACAUAUUAAAAUGGUUUCUUUAAAAUAUAGAAUCUUUCCUUUUAAAUUAUUAUUUUUUUA